AGAUAUUUAUGUGUUAUGUUUAUUGCUUACCGUAUCUUUAACUAAACAAUCAGAGGAGCUCCUAGAACUCCGCGUUCCCACCCGAAGGUUGGGUUAUGUGGUGUGGGAGUCGGAUAAAGAAGUGAUAACAAACCAGACGGAAGGAAUAUGUCAACAUGUCCUCAGUUCCACUUCUCCAUCUGUUGUUAUGUGUGUGUGUUCAGCUUUCAAUAAAAGGCUGGACCAAAGGGUGGCUCGGCGGAAUGCUUUGGAGGUCGUCGUGAUCGAAGCACGUGCGUCCGAGCUUCCCCUUUGAUCAAAGCUUUCGAAGAUACUACGUUGUCUGUGAUUCAUUUCUCACCUCCUUGAACGUGAAUAUUUUACAUGAUAUAGAGAGGAAAAAACCUAUCAUAAUUGGUGCCGUGACCCGGAUCCCAACAUACCCAUCGGCUGGAUUUUUCUUUUUCCUGCGGAGCCACUGACACCUGUGCAGGCCCCGACUGAUCAUCGGAUUAAGAGACCGCUCAGCAGUGGAUAAUAAUUUCUGCGGAGAGGAGAUCCAGUCGUGGAUUGACGGGAUCCGGCGGAUCGGAAGACCGAGGGAGACUGACCCAGACAAAGUCGGCGACUGGGUCUUCAUCCGCGUCAUCAAGAAAAAGACGUGGAGCGACGCUCGCUGGGAGGGACCAUUCCAAGUCCUUCUGACGACUGCAACCGCUGUAAAGAUCGCCGAGAGGACCACCUGGAUACAUCUUUCCCAUUGCAAACUGUUCCCUACAGAAAUCCCGGACCAGUGCCCUGAUCCCGAGACGACCGCGAGCAGAGGGGAAGACUGACUUCAAAGGGGGCUGUCCGCUUAAAAGACAGCCAUCUCAACGUCAGUGAAGAAACCAACAAAUCCCUGCUCUUAGGUGUCGGCUCGGGUGAUGGAGCGAGAGGUCCCGAGGGGCUCAAACGAGAGGAGCAAGGGAGAAGGAGAGGAAAGAAGACCAUCCAGACUCAGAGUUAAGUGCAGAGAAAUGUGUGGACCCUGCAGUAUCGGAGUCAUGGCGGCCAUGGUCAUGGCGAUAGGCGCGUUCUGGUUGUGUUUUCUGUUACAGGACGCCGCAAAAGAGGGUUCCCAGAGGUCCCGAGGAAAAAGGAACAUAGCUGGUACCAACCCGCUGCUGUCACAAGAGAAGGAAUGGACACACAUGCAACACAGUCCAUGGGAUGGAAAGAACGAAGAAGAGAAAUACCCAAGGAUGAAGAAUAAGUGGUACAAAUAUGUACAUGUGUUAGCAAAAAGCUACAACAAAACUAAUUGUUACGUGUGUUCCAAACUACCCUUUGCUUCUAAUCAGGUCACCUUGUACGCCCGCAGAAUGAGUGAGGCACAAGCAGGGUGUUUCGCGAGCAUGGCUAGGAGUGGACAUCAUGAAGACAGUUUAAUGCUAGAGGGACCCCAUGGUACACCGACGCCAGGAGUUGAUAAGGGAUAUUGCGCCAAAACCUUCUGGGUCGUUUGGUAUUAUACGGUGAAGGGAUACGCAAUUCCUCAGUCAGUGGUGAUGGAAGACGCGAAAAACCACCCAAUAUGUUACCGUCAAAAUCUUGGUAAAACAGCCAUGGGAACUACUACCAACUGCGAUCAAAUAAAAAUCGACCCGAAGGGAGCACCAUUGAACGUACAUGCUCCAUCCAAUGGUACAUUUAUGAUACAGGGAGGGUGGUGGCUAUGCGGAAACAAUGCCUAUAUCACUCUCCCGUUCGGAUGGAGGGGAACAUGCGCCCCGAUUUUUGUAACCGAUCACACAGUAUUUAUUACUGAGGAAGAAGUCCGAACACGUAAAAAGCGAGAAGCACCAUUCUUCGUAGCCCACGAUUCAGUGUGGGGGUCCGACGUACCCCAAGAGUACAAACACUGGACAACGGGCCAAAAGGUGCUCCUCGCCCUGUUCCCGUGGGUAGGAACGUCGAAAAAUAUGUUGCGUAUUGAGACAGUAGAUUAUCGGCUCGGACUGUUUAUCAAUAGCUCCCUGAUAAUCGAAGAGGCCCAAAACAGAGAGAUAGACGCCAUCCGUACCAUGGUGAUGCAGAAUCGAAUGGCCCUUGAUUUACUUACCGCAGCCACAGGAGGAACAUGUGUCCUUCUGAACACAUCCUGCUGUACGUAUAUUACUGAUGAUGUCCACUCCCAGAACAUGACCGACGCGCUCGGCCGCCUAUAUCAGUUGCAGCGAGCAAUGGCGGCCGACCACAAACCCAGGCCAUAUGAAAGCUGGUAUGAUUGGCUGUUUAACGGCUCAUGGAGGCAGGUCCUUAUCAAAACUGCGACGAUGUUAGGUGCGGGAUUGUUGACCGUCAUCUGUGUGCUGAGUUGUGUGAUCCCGUCUAUUCGUGGGAUAACAAUCAGAGCAAUCAAUACCCUAACAUCGGUGUCUGGGCUCACCUCACGGAUGGAGCCCAUUGAAGCGACCGUGUAUAUUCAUAUGUAUGAUGACAUGGGAAGACCUGUCAAUGUUCCCGUUUAAGAAAAUAUAAUGUAAACUUUUGGUUUAUGCUUGGAUGACAUAAUUGUGUAAAACUCCUCACAAGGAACGGACGAUUAUUGAUGUGAAGCUGCUGACUAAAAAGUUUAAUUCCCAAAGAGAUUGGUGUGGUGUUACUAACAAAUAAUGUGUAACAAGAAUAAUCAUGAUUCUGCUUUAACUGCUUAACCCAAAUACGUAAAUCACAUGCUGCUUAGAAAUUAGACAAAUCAAAUGAGUGCCAUUAUUUGACCAUGUUUAGAUAAUAAGCAAUUAGCAUAAACAGGAGGGAACUGACAGAGAAAUUUAUGUGUUAUGUUUAUUGCUUACCGUAUCUUUAACUAAACAAUCAGAGGAGCUCCUAGAACUCCGCGUUCCCACCCGAAGGUUGGGUUAUGUGGUGUGGGAGUCGGAUAAAGAAGUGAUAACAAACCAGACGGAAGGAAUAUGUCAACAUGUCCUCAGUUCCACUUCUCCAUCUGUUGUUAUGUGUGUGUGUGUUCAGCUUUCAAUAAAAGGCUGGACCAAAGGGUGGCUCGGCGGAAUGUCUUGGAGGUCGUCGUGAUCGAAGCACGUGCGUCUGAGCUUCCCCUUUGAUCAAAGCUUUCGAAGAUA